CGCCCCAUCGUGGAGUUCUCGCUGGAGGACCGCAGGAAGCUGAAGCUGAAGGAGCAGCGGGCCCAGCGCAGCCUGCAAAAGCUGAGGCAGAAGCAAGCGGCAGAGGGGCAAGGACCUCCCCGGGGGCCUGGGCCUGCAGAGAUGCCCCAGAAGCUGCCUCCGGGCCCCAAGGGACAGCAGAACCCCAGGAAGCGGGACCCCUCGGGGCAGGGAAACGCCCCAGGUCCCCAGGGGCAGAAGGACCCGAGGGGCCCCAGGACGCAGGGUCCGAAGGGGCAGAAAGGCGCCCUGGGCCCCGAGGGGCAGGGAGAUGCCGCAGGCACCAUGGGGCAGCAGAACCCCAGGAAGCGGGGCCCCGAGGGGCGGGGGGCCGGCACCCCCUGGGCUGGGUUCCAGACGAAGGCGGAGGUGGAGCAGGUGGAGCUGCCGGACGGGAAGAAGCGUAGGAAGGUUCUGAUGCUGCCGACUCACCGGGGGCCCAAGAUCAGGCAGCGCGACAGGGGCAAGCCGGCCGCGCCGAAGAAGCCGAAGGCCCAGGCCAGCCAGCGGCGGCAGGAGAAGCAGCGGGUGGUGCCCAGACAGGCGCCGGGGAAGCGGCGGAGGCCGGCGGGGGGCCGUGCGGAGGCCCGCUUCGACCAGCUGGUGGAGCAGUACAAGCGGAAGAUCUUGGGCAGCGCCCCGAGCGCCCCCGGGGCGAAGAGGAGCAAGUGGUUUGAGAGCUGAGCGCCCCGGAGCCACCGGGGGGGACUGUCACGCCGCAGAGCAGCGCCAGCCUGCAUCCCGCAAAGGGCUCCGUGUGUGCCGGGCAGUGCCCACGCCCUGCACCCUCCCUCACCCAACUCUGCCACCCCACGGCUUGGGGGGGGGGGGCACCCUCUUCCGUUGGUGUCUCAGAUUUUUAUUAAUUUAAAUCUUCCUUUUUUUAACCUGGGAAGAACCAGGUCUUGUCUUUGCUCAUCUGGGGCACUGUGGUCCGGGGAGGGGAGCUGGCCCAUCC